AUGAUGCUGCCUGCUCUGAAGGAAGAGAAGCGACUUAAGAGAGUGGAGUGGAAUGGACAAUUCCAGGACUCCGGAGAACUGAAGGGUAUUAUUUCGCUAUACAGUGGAGCUUCGUUCUCCAAGAAGGACGUUAUCUGCUCACCCGGCUAUAAAUGCAGUAAAUCUCUGCAGCAUCCCGGGGCCAUCAAGUUCCUGGAUGAACUUGGGGGUAAUGAAACGCCUUUCCGGCCCCUUGUUGUAUCCCAUGAGGGAUACUUGUUGGCGCCAUCCAAAGGAUGGAGACCACCGCAUCGAUGGCAACAAGGUCCGGCACGCACUCCCAAACAGAACCUGAACUGGACAGAAAGGGAAAACGCAGAGCUAUCGGCGAAAACCAGCAGCGCGGCAGUGACGAGGAAGAGAGAUUUUACCACGAUCGACAUGAGGCUGGAAACACCAUCCUUACAAGGAGAUCUUAGCUUUUCCUCAUUCACAGGUAACCGAUUACUUUUCACCACGGGACGUAUGGCGAGGCGUAAUCGGGAGGAUGCCCAUACUACUGGCACCAUCAAUGACGGCGCCGCUACGGCAUCGCUUGAGUGUUGGGUUUACCUCCCAACCUGCAUUGGACAGCGCAUUUAUAUCUGA